UCUCCCGCCUCUCCUCGCCUCCUCCAGCAACUCUCCCACCAACGGCCCCUACGCCGACACCCCCUCCAUCGUCACCUACCGCCACUACGCGACGCUGUACUUCAUCAUCAUCAGCACCGCCACCGAGUCGCCGCUCGCCCUGCUCGACCUGAUCCAGGUCUUCGUCGAGGCGUUGGACCGCCUGUUCGAGAAUGUGUGCGAGCUGGACCUCAUCUUCAACUUCGAGACGCUGCACGCGACGCUGAGCGAAAUGAUAGUAGGAGGCGUGGUCGUCGAGACGGGGCUGGAGAGGGUUGUGCAGGGCGUAAAAGCACAGGGGAGGGUCGCGAAGAGGCCCGGUGGGGAGUCGAGUGCGUUUGGUGCGUUUGGGAGGGGAGAAGGACUGUGGGCGGCGCGGUGA